AUAUUACUUCAUUCUUGAAAAUUUCUGACUUUUUGUCAUAAAUUUCUGACUUUAUUCUCGCUAAUUUAUGGCUUUUUUUCCUCAUAAAUUUAUGACUCUAUUCUCAUAAAUGUAUGACCUUUUUUCUCCCAAAUGUAUGACUUUUCUUGUUAAUUGAUGUCUUUUUUCUUAUAAAAGUAUGACUUUAUUCUCAUAAAUGUAGAUCAUUUUAGUACCGAGAUAAGCGGCGUGAUUUUUGAGCUCCAGCGGAAACUCGCUCUCGAAAGCUUCUCUGGCUGGCAUGAUUCUCCCGUUGAUGCCCUCCUUCAGCACGCCGCCAUCCCAGUCGUAGGCGCCCACGAUCCCGAACAGAAUUCCAUCCUGAGUGACAGACGGAGGGAUGAGACUCAGAAAGCAAACGGGAAUUCGUGAUGUGAUGCACGGAGCGAUGGACGGCUUACAUCCAGGAUGUGUGUGGAGAAGCCGAUCUGGGCCAUCUCCAUGUGGAAGGAACUCUGGUUGUACCCCAAGGUGCCUGAAGGUGCAGGAAAGACCACAGCAGCCGCAUCUGUGCAUUCCUUUCAAAUGGUGCCACGAAGGAGCGGAAGCCUACACCACCAGCACGCAGCGACUGACCAGCAGCCCCACCCUGUUUGUCUGCAUGAAACCUGCUCUCAGUAUCACAAUGGAAUCCUGGGGGGUUUGAAUCCUCUUUUGGGGGCUCGGCUUGGUGGAGGUCAUCAUCCGGACAAGGAUGGGGGCAAAGGUUAAAGUUCAACAGUGUGUGGCCGUACGGGAUGUGAGCUGGGGGGCGGAGGGGGGGGAGGGGGGGCGGCUUCGCUGACCAGGCGCUGCCACACCCGCAGCCGUGCUGAGCCAGCAGCCAGAGACGACUCCGUGCUCGCCCCGUGCCAACCACGUUUGUGUUCGAUUCCUACACAAGAAAUCAAAGCGCACGUUGUGUGAGCGCCGUGGCGUCCCGGCAGGCCUGAAAGACGCCGCCAUGUUGGAAAGAGGAAACGCCGGGACAGGUCAGUCCAAGCCAAGAGUCGCAGGUCGUUUGACGACGCCUUACCAGGCCAUGUUGAUGGCGUACGCCGUGCGCGUCUCUCGCCCCUCCUGGCGGCUGAUGUUCUUGGCGGCCUCCACCACCUCCUGUGUGGUCUGGUAGUCUUUCAGGGACCACUCGUGGACCGCCACCUCGCCGUACUGCAGGAUCCCCACCUCGCCGAAGAGGGCGUGGUCUGAGCCGCUGAAGAUGCGAGGAUGCUUCACGUCGAUGUUGAAGCACUGGCACAGGCCUGGAAAACCGGGAAAACCGCACCGGAAUCAGGUUGUCAAUAUAUGGAGUCCGAUGUCGUUGGACUGCGCUCGGCACCAGGACCAACCUUCCUUUGGGUCGACCAUGGUCCCUUGACGGACAGCCAAUCGGAUCCUCCGGCUCAUUUUUUGAGUCUCCCGUUUGACUCUUUUGUUGCAUGGGAGGUUUAAAACUACUUCCUGUGUAAAAGCGACUCACUAUGCUACGAGAGGCCUAGCUUAUGCAGCUAAUCAACGCCACGGCGAUCAAAGAGAGAAAGCCUUUUUGCCUUUGCCAUCCAGAGAUGAUGGCAGUUUCAUUUUGGUGCAAAGGAUUUUGCCAUUUGGAAGGGAAACCAGAGAAAAGGAACACCCGAGACGGGCGGGCUGGCAAAGAGGAGGAAGAGGAGGAGGAAGAGGAGGAGGAGGAGGGUGAAAGCGUGGAUAAACAGAGCAUUUCUGAGGGGAAGAAGGGAGUUCAGUCUGAAGGUUUGCCAGUGCAGGCUCCAUCAUGUGAAAUGGGUUCGGAAGGCGAUAAUGGAAGGAGAAGGAUGAUUAUUGCCCACGUGACCCCAGCCUUUAUUGCUUCAUUGACAUUAACUGUCCUUGCCAGCAGGAAGCUUCCCCUUGGCCAUCGCUAAAGCAGCAGGCGGGCAUAUCACACCUGCGUGUCAGAUACUCGCCGUGUAGACCCGUAACACGGCCGUCAGAUCCAAGUCCUCUGCAACCAAUCCAACAACACCACACAUCGCACCUCAGCUGUGGCCGGCUCCGACAUGCUUUGGCCCGGACAUCAUCUGGAAUGAGUCAGAAGUGGUGGGAAUCAAACACGGGCUCCAAAGGAGAGGCUGCUGCUCUUACUUCCCACGAUGAUGCCGGAAUUUGCUGCACAACGGAACAUCGGGUACCGCUCCUCUCGCCGAAGUCAGCUGGGAUAGACUCCAGCAUACCCGUCUGAUGUCGUACGCCAGUGGGAUGAAAAGAGAUGCCGUGGUUGGAAAAAAAAGCAUACCACUUCCACACGAGACAGGAGGAGAACAUUGUUUUCACUCUUAUCAUGUCGGACCUGACAUGGCUGACUUCACACAGUGUUAAGGUGGGAAAACAGGACGUAUUCUUCCUCUUCCAGCCUUGAGGUGCUCCAAAUGAAUCCCAGCAAAUGUUGCGUGUGAUGUAACUCCCUGGCACAGCCUCCAUGCCUGAUUCCCACAGAGAAGCGCCGGAUGAGCAGUGUCCAUGAACGCAGCAGCACCUUGUGCCCGAGGAGAUACGUGAUGCCCCUGAAUGCACCAUUUCUACAAAGAGCUAGUUCAGCACUGCUGGCACUCUUUGCUAGUUUGGGGCCUGCUUCCCACGUGGACCAGGAAGUGUCCAGCCUCGGUGACUCGGCAAGUAACCAGCGAGCAGCCCACAAGCCUGCACAGCACACUGGCAACACAUGAGUAGGCGGGGCUUGAAGCUCUAUCGCCGCCGUCCAAUCAGCGCCCAGUAAGCCAAUCACUGGCUGCCCGUCCCGACCAAUGGGCGCGCGCCGCCCGCCCACUGCCGACCAACGGGCUGCGGGGAUGACGUGGGCACGUGGAUCCCGGCACAUGUUGACGCUCGUAUAGUGGCGAGAGAGAAAGAGCUAGCAAAGACACACGGCGAGCCACGGCCACGGCGAAUUGGGUGGACGUGCUCCAUGGAGUAAGUGUGUGUCGAAGCUUACAAGGCGGGGUCCUCACUGAGUUUGGAGAUAGAAGCCCACUUUUCUGGCCGGUGCUGUUUUUCAUCACAAAUAUCGGAGAUGCAGUCCCAGGGCAGCACUUCCUCCCAACCCUCCUUCGACUCCCUGAGCUCCAGCGACAGCCUCCUGUUGAGCGACUCCGAGGACGCCGACGUUUUCCUGACGGACAGCUCCUCCUCAGCCAUUCUGGACGGAGUGGGCGGCUCGUCCGCACACGCCGGGCGUGCGUCGGAGAGCCCCGGUUCCCAGUGGGCGUGCGACGGCUUCACCGACAAGGAGGAAGAAGACGAAGCGGCGCCGUACGGGAUGGGGGGGAGCAAGGCGCCCCGCGAUGCUCGUCCUGCGGGUCAGGUUCCCAAAUCGCAGGGCGACAUCCUGUUUGCUCAGAAGUGUGCCGAGUUGCAGGGUUUCGUCAGACCUCUCAUGGAGCUGCUGAAUGGACUAAAGAAGGGCCGAUUCGACCGUGGCCUGAGUAGUUUCCAGCAGAGCGUCGCCAUGGAUCGGAUCCAGAGGAUCGUGGGUGUUUUACAGAGACCAAACUGCGGGGAGAAGUACCUCAACACUCUCCUCCAAGUGGAGAUGAUGCUCAAGCUUUGGUUUCCUCACAUCGCCGGUCAGCCGGUGUCGGCCGCCUCCAGCGUGGCCUCAUCGCCCGCCCGCUCCCUCCAAGGCGCGCCGGGCACCAUGCCGCCGCACAAGCACCGGGAUCAGUUGCACAUUCCCGUCAAGAAACGCAGACUCAGCUGGACGGGGACCGACUCCCCAACGCCGUCUCCGGGGCUCCCCAAGUGUCCUCGCUUAAGUCCAGAAGAGAACAAGACCACAAAGCAGCGUGGGGGUGCUGAUGAGGAAGAGGAAGAAGGCAGCCGCCCUCCUCCUCCACCGCUGGCUUCGCCCGACGUGAGCGGAGACGCAAAGGUAAAGGGCGACGGCGACUUGAAGGCGGGUCACGGGUCCGAGCCCAGCCUCACGUGGAUGCACGUCGCCCCCAUACUGUCCCCUCGCAAGACCUGUUUGUCACGUGACGGGACGACGAUGACAACGACGACGACGACGUCGGCGGCGUCGGCGGCUUGCAGCGAAGACCAGCUGGGCCCGGCCUGCCGCCGAGGCAGCCCGGCCACCCAGGACAGCUCCGUCUCCUCGACCACGCCCUCCAAGCACGCCAAGAAUCUCAAGAAAGCCACCCGGUGCCAAAGCCAGCCUGCCGCCGAGCAGCAGGGCGACACGACUUCCUGUCAAGCUCAAAGCCAGUCCAGCCACACCGACGUGAAGCCUUUGACGCGGGCGGGCCGCCCCACCCCCGCUGCUUCGUGCGGCGAGAGUUAAGACAAGCGAGAAAACGAGAAAAAUCUUUAAAAAACAAAAAAAGAGCGAGAAAACAAACUCUUGUAGCUCAUUUGUCACGUGGAAGCAAUCACGGACCACUUCCUGUCAUGACAGGAAGUAACUGACUGACUGAUGAUGAUAAUGAUGAUGAUGAUGGGCGGGGUGUACAGUACAGAACGCGUGGUGCGUUUAGAGAAAGAAAAAGAAACAAACGAUGUCAUCAACUCACGAAUGUAAGCCGAGAAGAGCUCGGCUGGCGGGGGGAAGGGGGGGGGCGACGCCGACGCCGCGCCGCUUGUGAAGACCCCCGCAGUUAAUUUAUUCGUACGUUGAUCUGACACUGCAUUUAUUUAUUCUUUGUAUUUAUUUAUUGGGCAGCUGAAUAUCGUCACACACCCAGUGAGGCCAUCAACCUUCUUUUUGAUACAUUAUUAUUAUUAUUAUUAUUAUGAUUAUGAUUAGGAUUAUUAGUGACAUUGUGUUUUUUAUCAUUUGGAGGGUAAAAAUGUCAAGGAAAUGUUGGACUACUGUGCCUUUUACCAAAUAGGAUGUUUUUAUGUUUGGUGCUUUCUGAGCAUUUUUGCUGCGUGUUGAUUGUUUGCUGGCAUCGACCAAUCAUCAGUAGUCAUCAAUCAUUCAUAUUAAUAAGCAUCAUUUCCAGCUCUCGCCCGACAUCCGCUAGCCCGCUCUUUCUCCACUCGGUCCCGCCCCCCCGCAAUCCGGGGACCGUGCGGAGCUGCACUCGAGGCUGGUGUUGAAACCACAACACGGAAAGGAAACAUUGGGGGGGGAGAUGUUUUGCACCGCCAUCCUCUCGCUGCUGCUAUUCUGCAUUUGUAACGCCCUCCUCCUGUUCAACGUAUGGG